AUGGUGUCCACUGGCAGCGGUGGUGAGAAGAUUGACAAGUCUGCGCACGACAAGGAGGAGUUUCGCUUGUGCACCAAGGACUACUACUUCCAGUCAGCCAAGGAUAACACGUCGUACCAGAAUGCCUGCAUCGAUGUCGCAGACAACCAGGGCGUCUCAUUCAAGAUGCCGGGAAUGCUGACGGUGCACAAGGACGGCGUGCUGUACACGUACCCGCAGGUGCGCGAGGACUGCACGGCGCUGGUGGGAAAGACGGAUGGCCUGGACAUGGAGGCGUUUGCCUUCUUCAAGGCCGUGCGGAUGGCGCAGGGAGAUGGCGACACCAGGGAUGCCAUGUCCAAGGUCAAGGCGCUUCCCGUCAUCAAGGCAGUGAGCGACGCGAGUAAGCUGAAGGGUAAGAAGACGGGCAACCAGGCCUUUGACAAACGCAGAAAGGCCAACAAGAAGCACAAUGCAGCGGUGAUGGGUCGUGCCCGCGCCGAUGCAGAAACAGCAGCAGCAGCAACAGGCGCCCAUGAAACGCACAAGGACCAGCGCAAUGUGUUCCGGCCCGUUGCAGCCCGCAAGGCUGCCGAUGUCAUGGCAGCAUUUCUCGAGACGGCACACUUCCUCGACUGA